GAAGUUGUUAGGAUUCUGACAGGUCCUGUCAUGGCUGAAAAGAGGCAUGUUUCUGGCAUUCCUUUGCUGUUAUUGUUCAUUUCUACUAUAUUCCUGCAUUUAUUUAUUUGCCCAUUCACUAAAGUCGAAGAGAGUUUCAACUUACAAGCAGUCCAUGAUAUCCUUUAUCACAGAUUCGAUUUUGAAAAGUAUGACCACCAUGAGUUUCCCGGAGUGGUUCCGAGAACUUUUCUCGGCCCGCUGUUUCUGUCAGCGCUCUGCUCGCCGUUGAUUUACGUCCUUUCUCUGCUCGAUGCACCGAAGUUCACCACACAAUUUAUAGUCCGGGGGUGUCUGGGGUUGUGUGUGGUGGGGGCACUAUGGCGACUGCAGAGGGAGGUGAGGAAGCAGUUUGGAUCCACGGUGGCGGGCCUGUUCUGCCUGAUCUGCUGCUCCCAGUUCCACCUCAUGUUCUACAGCAGCAGAACGCUCCCCAACGUGUUCGCUCUGCCUCUAGUGCUUCUGGCGUUUUCCAGCUGGAUGGGUCAGCGUCUGGCCUGGUUCAUCGGCCUGUCUGCCGUGGUCAUCAUCGUGUUCCGCUCUGAGCUCUGCCUCCUCCUGGGGCUCAUGCUGAUGAUGUCACUGCUGAGCAGGAAGCUGGGCUUGGUACAGCUGUUCCUCCUCGCCAUACCUGCUGGCCUGCUGUCGCUGGCGGUGAGCGUGGCUGUAGACUCGUUCUUCUGGAGGAGGCUGCUGUGGCCUGAAGGUCAGGUGCUCUGGUACAACACCGUCCUCAACAAGAGCUCCAACUGGGGAACCUCUCCCUUCCUGUGGUACUUCUACUCUGCGGUGCCUAGGGCACUGGGCAGCUCUGUGCUGCUGCUGCCCCUGGGGCUAAGGGACCGGCGGGCGGGGUUGCUGGCUCUGCCCGCGCUGGGCUUCCUGCUGCUCUACUCCCUGCUGCCCCACAAGGAGCUCCGCUUCAUCAUCUACAGCUUCCCCCUGCUCAACCUUCUGGCUGCCAGGGGGGGCUCCUACAUCUUGAACAACUACCACAAGUCAUGGGUGUUCAAGCUGGGCUCUGGCGUAGUGGUGGGCCACCUGCUGGUCAACGUGCUGUACUCUGGUGUGUCCCUGUACGCCUCGCGCCACAACUACCCCGGAGGCCACGCCCUGCAGGAGAUGCACGCCACGCUGCCCGCUAGCACAGAUGUUGUGGUCCAUGUUGACUCCUACGCAGCCGAGACCGGAAUCUCACGCUUCCUGGAACAGAACCCCAACUGGAGGUAUGACAAGAGAGAGGACCUAAUGCCAGGCCAUCCUGACGUGAGGUCGUACACCCAUCUGCUGAUGGAGGUGAAUAGCACUAAGAUGGCCCAGCUCAGACACACUCACAGGGCUGUGUCCUACACCCAGGGCUACAGCAGAACACAGCUCUCCCUCCUCCAGUUCCCUCCUGUCAGCAUAAUGCUAGAGAACAAAGUCGUCUUAAUGGAGAGGAUACAGAACCCUGGGAGAACCGGAUGAUGUGUGAGGAUUGUGGGUUUGUAGUUCUUUUUGGGGGGUAUUUGUCGUUUUUUGUAUGGUGACCAGAAGCGUAGCUGACCUAGUUGGAGGUGGAGUCAUGCUUGGGUGUGGAUCUUCAAGGUGGUCUCACCUGUUUUAUCUCUCCACCUGUCAGUACAACACAAGGAACUAGUCUUACAGGUUCACAUGCAGUCCCUGUUCUCACUGUCAGCCAUGUGCAAACCAGGACCAAAUCUGUGUUUCAUGUUCUCCAGCUCAGCGUCUGCAAGCAGCGCUCACUGCUACACACCUGCAGCCCCAGGUGGUUGGAUUGUCUUUGUGUUGAUAGAUGUCAAGAACAUCAUAAUUAAAGGCAAAGUUUC